AUGGCGCCGAAGAAGACGUCGAAGGGCAAGUCGAGUUUCUUCGGCGUGAGGGCGAAGCCCUUCGGGAACUUCAGAGUGGAUUUCUCCGACGCUGGGCGGCGUUGGUGGCUCGGCACGUAUCCCUCCGCUGAUGAGGCCACGCGUGCCUACGACGUGGCGGUGUGGCGUGCCGAACGGCCAAAGAUGGACCUCAACUUCCUUGAGAUCAAGACCCGGGAGAAGGCGGAGUGGCUCGUGCCACAGGGCAUCCGGAUGGAGGAGAUGCCGGCGAAGAAGAAGAAGAGACCGUCGGUGGUCGUCACUCCCGGUGAGAGCGACGAGGCGGCGAUGGCUCAGUUUGCGCGGGAGCAUCCCGAGUACGUCCAGGCCUGA